AUGAAAAGUUUCUUCUCUCGUCUACAUGACAGCCAGACGGGCCAUUCCAAAUCUGCAUCGCGAGAGACGUAUAAAUUCUGGACACCAAACCCUGAUGCAGAGCGGAACGCUGAGAGGCCGGUCGCUACAUCCGUGGAGACUGCACGUCCACCUCUCGAAACCCGACCGCCUAGUCGUACCCAGAAGCUGUCUCACUUCUACCAUAAAGCGACGCAUGAAAAGCCUCUUCCGACAACAUACACCUCCGCGCCGGCAGAGAAGAUGUCAGCUUUGUCGAGUCGGCCUAAACCCGGUUCUUCUUCGACUCACGUUUAUGUCCAACCUCCUCCGAAAGCUUCUUCAUCGCGACAUCCCGAUAUCCGUGAUGUCAAGCCACAGGCGAGUAUGUACCUACACACUGGCCUAGUCUCCUCUCACCCUGCCUCAUAUUGGGUCCAACCUCAAUCAACUGGCUACCCGAAUCCCACCCAGGCUGUCCAGCACGAGUUGUGGAUACCGCCAUCCGCUGUUCAAUCUAUGUCCAAGCCGGGAGAAAUCAAGCGGCCGCCAUCCCGUUCUCAUGAGAAAUACACCGUUCACGAACGAUAUCGAUCACGAGACGAAGGACGAGAAGCACCCAGAGAAAGUGGAAGGCGGGAUCGUGAUAAAGAAAGAACGAGGCAGGACAGGGAACAGGAGCGGGUUCGGGAAAGUGACAGAGAACGAGAGCGUACAAGGCACUACAGAGACCGGGAAAGAGAUACCAUGGGACGGGACUCGGAUAAAGAAGGGAGACGCGAAAGAGAGGGAGAUCGAAACCGAGAUAGGGAAAGGGAGAGAGAGAAGGAGAAAGAUCGCCUCAGGCGGCUUGAACGAGAGCAAGAGUUUGCAAAAGAGGCGGAGCGCGAGAAAGAGAACGCGAAAGAACGCGAACGACGGGAGCUAGAGAAAGAACGUGAACGGCAGGCAGAAAAAGAGCACCAAGAGCAGGAGAAGGAACGUGAACGGCGGGAACAGGAGAAGGAGCGCGAGCAGGAAAAGGAACGUGAACGGAGGGAACAGGAGAGGGAACGCGAACGGAGAGCACAGGAAAGGGAGCGCGAACGGAGAGAACAGGAGAAAGAGCGCGAGCGAAGAGAACAAGAAAAAGAGCGUGAACGCAGGGAACAAGAGAAAGAGCGGGAACGGGUGGAACAGGAGAAAGAGCGCGAGCAGGAAAAGGAACGCGAACGACGGGAACAGGAGAAGGAACGCGAACGACGGGAACAGGAGAAAGAACACGAACGACGGGAACGGCGCGAAAAGGAGCGCAAUAGGCACGAGGAAAGGGAACGACGAGAGGGGGACCGGGAGAUGGCCCGGGACUACCACCGCGAAAAACCGCGUCGGGAUGUGGAACGCGACCGCAGGAGGGAACGUGGAAACGAUAUCAACAAGGGAAGCCCAAGCGGAAAGGAUCGACCGCGAGAAGGCGAAACGAUGCUCCAACGAGACACCGGCGAAGGCAGAGCAAGCCGAGAUCAUCGCAAGAGAGAGCGAGACCGUGGCGACACCAGAUAUCGUGCAGAGGCAACCGAUGGUGAAGAUCUCAUGAUUUCUCGAACUACUCGUGACAAACGUCAAGAAACGGGGUCUGGCUGGGUUUCCGACAACCAGAUCAACCACGGAUAUAAACUAUCACGACAGACUCAAGGGACAGCGCCUUCGCACUCUUCACGUCAAAGCAUUGUCGAACUGCCCAACAGGAUUCACAAAGCACCUUCGCGCAAUGAGCCACCUCUGCUAGCACAAUCGCAACCGUCUCGGCCACCUAUACGGGAACCUUUGCGGGCGCUCCAGAGGGACUCUUUAACUCCCGAAGCCUCGCAGCCGGUCCUCAACGACCCUCCAUUGCCACCUCAACCAGGAGAUUCGCAAUCCAACCCGAAAGAUUCACAGGUGGUCGAUGAGGGCGAGAGUUCUGACGGUUCCCUCAAACCGGCCCCUCUCUCGAAACGGACCCGAACAAAUGACGCAGGCGCACCAAAUCUUAAGGCAGCUCGGUCUCGUCAGGAUCGAGCGCCAAGAUUCAUGCCACCAUAUAACCCAUCCAACCAGCCGCACAUCGCCAGUCAUGAGAGGCCCCCAGUCCCAGCCACCCCUCGUCACAUGCCUGUUCAUCUUCCCCCCAGAGAGGCCAGGAUUAUUGAACGUGCGUAUCAGCAAUCCACCGCCUUGCCCAGUGCGGCGGAGAGCAAGGAUCCCGACAGCGCUGCCCGAAGAGAAAUCAAUCGACUCAGACUGCAUUCUCGACCAGAAGAUCUUCCGGUGGUGCCCGCUGAAGGUGUCAAAGCUAUUGAGCCUCCCCUACGUCCCUCCUCCCGUGCCUUUGGCUUCUCCCAGAAUUUUGUGCCCCCUCAAAUGACAGUCUCAUACACGGCGGGAGUAAAUGGUGCAUCCCAGUCACAGCAAGUUGAAGUGCCCCCUGAAGCGCAACCUCGUACAACAGGCACUGCGCUCUCUAAGAUCGUCAAAGAGGCAGCCCGGACACAGGCGUCGCCAGUGGCCCCACAAACUCUGGGCACAUCAGACCUGGCUUCCAGCUUACCUCCUUCCAACGUACUGGGUAAUUCCUCCCAAGAAAAUCGGCUUCGUAUAUGGCCCUCAGAAAAUCAGAACUUCUCGGAUCCAUCUACUGCAUCGAGGAAUGUUCUGUCGCCCCCUAUUCAUGUCGCCGCACGCGAUGGAGGUCUGUCAAACGUUCUCCAAGAGCCGACUCGGCCUCCUUCCCGGAUAGUGUCGGAGAAGAAGCUAGAAAUCCCGAAUCUCAGUGCCCGACUGGCAUCAGAGAACCAGAGAGAUUUAAACGAACGGCCCGUCGAGCCGUCGAGCAACCCCUCCCAAGUAUAUGCAUCUAGGUUGGCAGUAGCCAGUUCUCAAAGUCGUGCUUUGCAAGGAAAUUUAGGAAUGUCAACCACGCUUGCGCAGAAUCGCGAAACAACACGCACACUGCGGCCAAUCGUGCCUACACCGGGAUCACUAGCUCCACCCCCUGCAGUUUCACAAGCAAUUCCGCAGCUAAGCUCAUAUGAUCACGAUGGUGGCCUGAUUCCGUCCGCCACUGCUGGCCUUCCUCUAAACGCGUCGCCUUCCCUUCGUCGGCCUGUGCCUGCAGAGAAAGCCGAUCAAGGUAGUGGACCCGCACCCUUUUCAAGCCCAGGAGUGGACCCUCAGGCUGUCCAUGGGGAAAUGGCCAAAAAAACCCACGACACAACAGAAGCCCCCACGGUACGGUUUCGUCUUGAUCACUCCCCUCAGACUGGUACUCUUCAUGGGAAGACGACUAACCUCGCCCUUUCACCUGUGGUAGUAGCUAAGACGGUUGCUGCGAUCAACAUGCAUGUGCCAACAGUUCAAUCUACUCCGCUGAAACCUUCCAUAAAUAUGGAAGACGGUGCAUAUCUCGAGUCAGAGGCACGCCACCCGUUGGGUUCAACUGGCUUUCAGGAGAGUUCAACGAAGACGCCUGGUCCCUAUCAGCCUGCUACUCUGACACAGCUCCCUACCAACUUGGUCGAUCUCCAACCUACUGUCGACCAUUCGAAUGUCACUCUACCUACCAACGUCUCUGAAGGGCUAGAUGCGAGCAGUCGAGAACCAUUUUUGUCAAAUCCUUCAAUUUCUCAUGAUAAUGCGGGCGCAUUGCCAUCGAACUGGGAUGUUCGACUGCAGUUAGCUGUGCCCUCUGACGAUCGAGCCCGUUUCGGAAGGCAGGAUACCACGGGCAUGUCCACCAGCAAGCCGGGUACAGGCACAGGAUUCAAGCAAGACGCCACCAAACUUGGUCGUACUCUUGGGCGCUCGCCUUCUACCUCGACGAACAUGGCGCCACAGCUGGAGAAAGUUGAAGGCUCUCCGUUCAGUCAAACUGCUAUCAGUGCGAAUACUGUCAGUACAACAACAGAAAUAGAUGGCUUAGGAUAUUCCACUCGUUUCGCUUCGAACACAUCAGUGCAGAUUCCCAAUGCCGCUCAAAUGGUCGCACCUGUGGUUAGCACAAAGCAUAUGCACGUCGCUGUACCUCCACAAAUGGACGACUUGAAGAGUGGCGCUUCCCCUCUUGUGCCCGUGACAUAUCAAGGGAACUCAAGGUCGACAAAGCAGAGCACAGAAUAUCUUGUCCUUCUUCCUUCCAAUGAGCCGUCAGGCGCGUCUGCUCUGAAAUCAGACACCCCAGCCGCCCGCCUGGCAAAUGUCAACACCAAUCGCAGCACCGAUAACGUCGUAUUGCAGUUGCCCACUCCAUCAAGUAUGAAACAAGAAGGCUUUAGAGAAUUACCUCGCGUCGAAGCUACACCCACUCAGCCUCAUGUGGUUUUAGCCACGAGUGUCGAUGGGCCUGCACAUCGCAGCCAUGGUUUCAGACCGUCGCAGGAGGAUAGUCCGCGUCAGGCACAUGUGGGGCAGUCCUCUCCACAAGCUGUAUACCAAUCUACGAUAACACCUGAGGUGGUUCCGAAUCCAGUUCGGCAGGGUAAUAGACCAAAGAAAGGUAGUCCAAGCUGGGCACCCCAUUCUGCGAUUCCCAACACAGAGAGCAACCCACCCAUCAUGGGAGUUCCCAGCAACAUACCUAUCAUUUCGCCCACACCACGACUAAAUAUCUACCGAACCAAUCCUCCCUCUGGAUCACAUACGACUGUCGAUGGCCCGCACCAGGCUCUCAGCGUAGGUCUUCCAGCAGUGGGAACUGGACCAAAUGUACCUAAAAACACUGAUGACACGUUGAAUCUCCCUGAAAGUGUCCGGCCACAGCUUGCAGCCCAGUCAGAUUCCUCCGUUUGGCAAUCAAGCACUAGGUUGUACACCGCUACCGAGAAUGCUGCCUCGUCAGGUCAACCCCGCCAAGAAACCACUUGGAAUACUUCGACCACUAUCCAUUUAAGUGACAAUUCCAAGCCUUCCAACGAUGCGACGUCCUCGCUUGCAAAUAAGCGAUUGAGCAGUGCAGCGCACAUGUUAGCUGGUCAACAUGCCCCGACAACUCCGCAUAACGUCACUCCUUCCAGUGCCCAUACCGGAGCUCCAAGUGGUGGGCAUGCUUUUCCUGGUGCGAAUGAUUCGCAACAGCAGUUAAGCACAGACGUUCCGAAGACGGAAGUGGCGAUCGAACAAGGACGUUUGCAAAAGACUGGUGAUACUGAUUUGCUUCGGUCCGCUCGUCCCUCUCUGCAACCGUUACCCGCUAGUUUACUCCGCUCUGCGCGGCCUUCUGUCCAACCGUUGCCCUCUGUUACAACCCAGAGGCAUCCACACAGAAAUCCUGCUGUCCUUCAACCAUCGACGACAGUGUCAGCACACCCGCAAAUCCAUCAUCCCAUUCUAGCCGAGAUCCUAUCUUCUCCCCUUCCCUCCAAACCAUUCUCAAUUGCCCAAUCUGAAUCCACGUCGAGGCAGCACGAAGUAAAUCAUUCUAGCCUUGGGCACCACCGUUCGAACACCCCUGCUGUGAAUCAAGUGUCGGUUUCGACAAGGCAUCCCGGCCCCGCAUUUGAAAGGGUUCAAAUCGAGGACUACCAAGAAAGCCGACCCUCGAUCUCGAAGACUCCCAGUUUCCAAAAUGCGUUCUCGAGCUUUCAGGGAAAGGAUAUGCCCUCCGCGCAGUCAGGGGUGGACACAACCGCUUUGUUCACCAAUCAAGUCGAACUAUCUCCCGUCCAACCCCCGACGACAGCUCCGUCAACAAUUACACGGCCUCACCAAGAUUCCAGUCGUUCGUCCCAUGGAAUCAUGACAGAUAUCCCUUCGGCCACAUACACCCCUCAAGUUCCUUCUGGAACUUGGGCUCCGUACCCAGAAGGCUACGCAUCGAAGACAUCACUUCAGCCAGGUGUCCCAAGUUCUGCAACUCCUUACACUCAAACCUUUCCUUCUACCAUUUCAUCACAGCACUCAAGUCGUCAUCAGCAUUCGGCCUCACUACCGACAAACCUUACUCAUCCACCUGCAAUGAACUCUUCGUCUAGCCGGACACGCACUGGACCCACAGUAACACAAACACCGCAGGUGCAAUCUUCAGCACCUCUUCCACCCACCGUAGAACCCACCGCACGAGAUACCUUACUUGAACAAUCGAUGAUGUUGAAGCCAACGACUUCACGCCAAUCUGUCACACCUUCUGUCUCAUCUCAAACGCGGAAGAGGGUAAGCCUUUUGAGCAUGUUUAGGAAACCGCCUGUCCCGCCUCCUCAGCCUCAGCCUCAGCCCCAACCAUAUGAAAUAUGGCACCCUGGUACUUCCAAUCCAGAAUCUUACUCAAGGUAUCGCUCCGACGACCCAGAGACCUCUGACAGGCGGUACAUGUCUCCAGUCCACAGAACGAGCGCAGCUGACAGAAGUUUCUCUGCCUCAAACCCCAGCCGCACAGAGAAGAAAUCGAAUAAAACCGACGUAUUCACACCUUUCCGUUUUCUGGCCUCAAAGAAAAAUCGCUCUGUGUCCGUGGCGUCCAUGGAAGCUCAGGACGGAACAGCGCCGAGCACCGUUGUCGGGUCUCCUACAGCGUCGAUACACAGUCAAGUGCCUUUUCAAAUUCCUUCCGUACGAGAUCCUCAGCGAGCUACGGAAGAAUGGAGGGACAGGGAAGAAGCAGGUACAAAGACUCGCACCAAGCACAAAAGACGACAUCCACCUGGAGUUGUGUUUGAUGUUUCGGAAGAAACUCCUGAGAAUCAACAACGCCAGCGUUAUAGGGGCUCUCGCUCUCGAAAGCUCGCUGAUAACCACUGA